CCGAUAGUGCGGAACACUUGGCCUUUUUUCCGUUCGUCUCCUUCUCCCCCCCCCCUUCACGAAUUGUAUCUCGUGCGAGUGGUGUCUCACCUGGUGCGUUCAAAGAUUUGUUCCUUUAGUUUGGAUCGUCCUUCGACAAGACUACUACAACACAUCGAGCAAUCAUGUCUCUGCUGUACCGUGUCACCAGCCGCAAAGCCGUCGAGCUUCAGAAGCUGAGCCAGAAUGUCGGAAUCCGCGCUCUGUCGGAUCAGUCGACCGACCUCAGAAAAGUCCUUGCCGAUAAAAUUCCCAAGGAACAGGAACGCAUCAAGAACUUCCGCAAGUCUCACGGUGCCACCAAAGUUGGAGAAGUCACCGUUGACAUGAUGUACGGAGGUAUGCGAGGAAUCAAGGGUCUCGUGUGGGAACCAUCAGUACUUGAUCCAGAAGAGGGUAUCCGCUUCCGUGGCAAGUCCAUUCCCGAAUGCCAAAAAGCUCUGCCAAAGGCCGCCGGCGGUGCCGAACCCUUGCCCGAGGGUCUCUUCUGGCUCUUGAUCACCGGUGACGUGCCCACCGAUGCCCAGGCCAAGGCUCUGUCCAAGGAAUGGGCUGCUCGUAGUGCUCUGCCCGCCCACGUGACCAAGGCCCUCAACGACUUCCCCAAGCACUUGCACCCAAUGAGCCAGUUCUCGGCUGCCAUCACUCUGCUCAACAGCGAAAGCGAGUUCGUCAAGGCCUACACUGGCGGAGUCCACAAAAGCAAGUACUGGGAAACCGUCUACGAGGACUCGAUGAACCUCAUCGCCAAGCUGCCCGUCGUUGCCGCCACCAUCUACAGAAAUCUCUACAAGGGCGGCAAAGGUAUCGGUUCCGUCGACGCCGGCAAGGACUGGUCCCACAACUUCUCCCUCAUGUUGGGCUACGACAAUCCCCAAUUCAUCGAGCUCAUGCGCCUCUACCUGACCAUCCACUCCGACCACGAGGGUGGCAAUGUGUCUGCCCACACGACUCACUUGGUCGGCUCGGCUCUGUCCGAUCCCUACCUGUCCUUCGCCGCCGGUAUGAACGGCUUGGCUGGACCACUCCACGGUCUUGCCAACCAGGAAGUCUUGGUCUGGCUGCAGAAAUUGCGCCAGCAAGUCGGUGACAACCCCAGCGACGAGAAGCUCAAGGACUUCAUCUGGAACACCCUCAAGAGCGGACAGGUCGUACCUGGCUACGGACACGCCGUACUUAGAAAGACCGAUCCACGAUACACCUGCCAGCGCGAAUUCGCUCUCAAGCACUUGCCCGAUGACAGUCUCUUCAAGCUCGUGUCGCAAGUCUACAAGGUCGUGCCACCAAUUCUACUCGAAACCGGCAAGGUCAAGAACCCAUGGCCCAAUGUAGACGCUCACUCCGGUGUCCUCCUCCAAUAUUACGGAAUGAAGGAAAUGAACUACUACACCGUUCUCUUUGGAGUCUCGCGCGCUCUCGGAGUCCUCGCUAAUCUCGUCUGGGCCCGCGCUCUGGGUCUGCCCAUUGAGAGGCCGAAAUCUCUCAGCACCGAUCUCCUCAUGAAGGCUGUAAAGGCUGCCUAAGUAAUUCAUUUCAACACAAUCACAUACACGGUCUUGAUCGAUUCAUUGAUUCAAGACUCGCUAACCACUAACCGGCUGACGACGAUAAUAGCGAUGAUCUGAUUAUCGAUGUAGGAUUCCACUUGUUUCUCGCCUCGCUCCGACAGUGAUCGGACAUGGCCUGAAAUCGAGAUAAUUUCUGCAUAUCGUGUUGGUCAGCCGAUAAAUCAACAUCUUUACCUCCAUUAAAUUACACAAACCUCCCUAUCCCUCAUAAUCCCACAAAAAAAGUUAGUUCAAAUCGUUAUUUUGCGAAGUCGACCGAAACUUAAUUCACUGCGUUAGUUUAUACACAAGCAGCGUAUAAUCGAAUAAAAAUAAAAUGUAUUAUCAAAAUAUUGCAUACUGCCGGCGCUGAAGUUCAGCGUGAUACUAUCCACUGUUAGUUGAAAACUUUGUUAUCAAGUCGCUUUAUACAUGCAUUUCAUGUACUUGACGAGUUACGACGCAAGAGGAAAAAGUAUGGAAAAAGUCGUGACAAAGCGCUGCUGUUACCAAAUGUUAUUUACAGUAAUUGAAUAAUUUAACAGUAGGCAGAAAUGAGUAUUUAAAUUUUUGGUCGACUAUACGUUAUAUAUUAUAAUGUAUCUGAAUUCAACGGCAAACGGUGCGUCUAAAUGUAUCGUUCGCGGAUCGAUUCUCACGCGCCAUGCGCGAGACAGAGAUUCAUUUAGUUUUUUUUUUCAAUUAGACACAUUAAAAUGAAUUAAUAAUAACCAUUUCGAAUGAAAUUUUACAAAACGAGAAAGCAUCGGAAAAACAAAGUGUAAUCCGAAACGACGUUUUAGACUGUUCUACAUAUACAUUGUAGUGCGUCGAUGACGGUAAUAUGUAAUAUUACUAGACAAUACAUAUGUGUGACUAUUUAAUAGUAUUAGUCGAGUGACCCUCUUGUAUAACCACGUCACACGAUAUAAUUAUCUAGAAUCAUAGAGACCACUGUGAACGAAAAAAUGGAAACCGAUAAAACAAUUGUAUCUUUUACGAGACAAAACCACCGACAACGAGCGCUUUUAUUUGUUAUGAUAAUCUUGGGAGCUCCCUCCAAAAUACUUAAUGUGAAAAAAAUGAUGAAAAAAGUAAAAGCAAUAUGAGAAAAGCGUUAUGAAGCUCGAUUUUUCAAAUCGUGGAACGACUCAACGCCUUGGUGCUAAUUUUAGCAAUACUAUAACGUCAAACUUUGUAACGCUCGAACAGUCAAUUCGUAAAAUUCUUUUUUUGUUUGUUGCGAUGUGAGUCUUUGCUCUUUACUUUUUAUCUGUUGCAAAAUUAAAUCCUUUUUAUCGAAAAUAAUUGGAGUUUAUCUUUCGUUAUGUUUUAAUCUCUCCAACUAUUUUUUUUUUAUACCCCGAGUUAUAAAUCUUUAUCUAUGAUUUUGGAGAUGGAGAAUAAACCGGUGGUAGAUCCAUCGAUAACAAGUAUGAAUGCGUGAGUGCUGAUUUUUAUUUAUAAUAAAUGAGCCGAAAAUAAAUAGAAAAAUGUUUCAACCAAUAA